ACAUCCAAACUAAAAUAAUGGCUUUUUGACGAUCACAAGAUGCGUUGGAAUCACAUCCUCCACUCAUAAGCUAUCCCCAACACUCCAAAACAGAUUCCAUACUUUCCAUUGUAUUUUUCUUUUUCUACUUUGGAAUCAUGAUUUCCAAGUCUUUGAGCUUCCAUCUCAAUCCUCAUCCCCACUUUCACCAUGUAUUCUCAAACCCCAAACCCAAUUCCAUUCCCCUUUCCAUUUCCCUUUCCAAUGCAUUCAAUACAAUUCCAUCCACCUUAACUGCUAUCAAACCACUUCUUUCUACCUACAAGAAACCCCUCCUUUUCUCACCCAUGGCAUCCACUCUACCCAAUUCCAUUCCAGAGUUUAAAGACUUCCAACCCGACCCGACUCUCAUCAACGAUGAUCUAGCUCCCACAAAGUCAAGUGAGCGAACAUUUUCCGGAUGGGAAAUGGCUAGUUUAUGGGUUGGUUUAGUUGUGGGUGUGCCCACUUAUUACCUUGCUGGCAGCCUAGUUGAUUUAGGAAUGGCUUGGUGGCAAGGAAUAUUAACCGUGGUGACAGCGAAUGUAAUCACGGUUAUUGCCUUGGGAUUAACGGGUCAUCCAGGGACCCGUUAUGGGAUUCCGUUUCCGGUCUUGGCAAGAUCGGCUUUCGGAAUCCGAGGUGCACAUAUCCCUACUUUACUUAGGGGAUUAGUAGCAUGUGGGUGGUAUGGUAUUGAGACAUGGAUUGGUGGAGAAGCAAUUUUUUUACUAUUACCUAAUUCCAUUAAAAACUCAUCAAUUGCUAAUUCCAUUCCAUGGCUUGGAACGUCACCAAUUGAGUUUGGUUGUUUUAUUCUUUUUUGGGUUGCACAACUUAUUGUUGUGAUUAAAGGAAUGGAUGGAAUUAGACAACUUGAAAAAUACUCUGCCCCAAUUUUAAUCAUUUUAACCUCAUGUUUACUCAUUUGGGCUUAUAUUAAUGCAGGCGGAUUCGGCCCAAUUCUAUCAAUGUCUUCACGACUCUCAGGGCCCGAAUUCUGGUCUCUAUUUUUUCCCUCAUUAACCGCAAAUGUAAGCUUUUGGGCCACAUUAGCACUAAACAUCCCGGAUUUCACACGUUAUGCAAAAACCCAAAAAGACCAAAUCAUCGGUCAAGCCGGGCUACCAAUUCUCAUGGGUGCAUUCACAUUUGUGGGUUUAGCUGUAACCGCAUCAACCCAAGUCAUAUUUGGGCGAGUAAUCUCGAACCCAAUCACAUUAUUAGGAGAAAUUGGUGGGCUAGGAACCAUGAUCCUUUCUAUUUUUGGAAUCACACUUGCAACUAUCACAACUAAUAUUGCAGCCAAUGUAGUAGCUCCUGCUAAUGCACUAGUAAACUUAAGUCCCUCAAUAUUUACAUUUCGUCGAGGCGCAUUAUUAACUGCAUUACUUGGAAUUGUAUUCCAGCCAUGGAGACUACUAAAAUCAAGUGAAAGCUUUGUGUACACUUGGCUUGUUGGGUAUUCCGCAUUAAUGGGCCCGAUAACUGGGAUUAUCUUAGCUGAUUAUUAUCUCGUUAAGCAUCGAAAUCUUGAUGUUAAUGAUUUGUAUACAUUGAAUCCUGUUGGGAAUUACUUUUAUUGUAAUGGGUACAAUUUGGGAGCAAUUGGAGCUCUGGUGAUUGGUAUUCUGCCAGUGAUUCCGGGGUUCUUGCAAAAGAUUGGAAUCUUGGAUUCCAUUCCGGAAUUGUUAGUUAUGAUCUACAACAAUGCAUGGUUCUUUGGGCUUUUUUCAUCAGGGAUUAUUUAUUGGAUUUUUUCAAGUUCGAAAGGUACAAAACAAGUGCCUUCACAGCCAUCUGACCCCUUUUUGCCAAAAAAUGCAAUAUGAACUUUUAUUUGUUUUAUUUCAAUUUUGUUUGUCCUUUUAUUUUGUUUAUUUUUGUAAAUUAAGUUAGAAACACGUAUAUACUUUCGUAAGGUAAAUUUAUAAUUUCAUAUAUAAUGUUCUUGGUAUUUCUGUAUUUGUAUAGCAUUGUAGAUUAUGUUCGGGUUUAAUUAUUGGAUCGUCAACAUACUUUUUCUAUUGUAUACGGUUAAAGCUUUUUUGUUAA